CUGUUCCGGAAAGUCCAAUGUGAACCCUCUCCAGGUCAAAUCUCAUGCGGCGCUACGUAAGUUGAAGCCCCUUUGAAAUUUCAGCCAUUGUACGGGAGGAAUCUAUGCAGUCUCUUGUGAACGCACACCCUGUGGGUUUUCCAGCACGUGCUUUGAGUUGGACAUCGUUGAGGGGGGCCAGCGGCCAGGCACGAAUUCUAGCAAUGGGAACCGUGGAACCGACACCCGGGGACAGGAUCCAGCAGGGGCUUAAACCUGAUGCCCGUGAAGAUUUGUCAGCGAAUAGACCAUCGCCUCCACCGCUUCCAAAAGGCAUCAAGUUGAAGGCUGUCUUCUUCGAUGUUGAUGGCACAAUAGCAGUUUCAGACCCCCUUCAUUUCAAGUCAUUCCAAGAGAUGUUAAGUAAUGUCGGGUUUAAUGGUGGAAUUCCUAUUGAUGAGGCCUUCUUUCAGAAGAACAUCAGCGGCCGCCACAAUCCAGACAUUGCAAAAGAUCUCUUCCCUGAUUGGCCGAUGGACAAGGCAAUGCAGUUCAUGGAUGAUAAGGAGGCACACUUCCGGAAGUUGGCCCUGGGCAUCCUGGAGCCUACCGGGGGCCUCCUUCGGUUCUGCAAGUGGGUUGAGGAGAAAGGGCUUACAAGAGCGGCCGUCACCAACGCCCCCCGGGCGAAUGCAGAGCAGAUGAUCAAGGCUGUGGGACUCGAGCAGUUCUUCCAGCUGUUGGUGAUUGGUUCCGAGUGUAAGCGGGGAAAGCCGCACCCUGAUCCAUAUGAGGACGCGUUGAAACACUUCGGGUUGCAGCCAAACGAAGCGGUGGUGAUCGAGGAUUCCUCUGCCGGGCUCCAAGCAGCCGUCGCUGCAGGCAUUCCGUCUGUUGGCAUCUUGACCGGGAAUCCUGAGUCCAGUCUCAUUGCUGCCGGAGCUUCGGUGACGAUACGUGAUUUUGACGAUGAGAAAUUGUGGAAGGCGCUAGAGCAAUAAGUCUGUUGAGUAAACUACUGAAUUUGCUGCAUAACGCUCGCUUGAGGACCGUCAAUUUUAAACACAAUUUCGCAAGAAAAGGUGGUAUAUACAAGUGAGAUCAUGACCAAUGUUUUCCACGCCAGACUCUAUAACCUGGUGGGUAAGACUUCGCUCAGUCUGGCGGGAUGCUUAUCAUGUCAAGCCUAGGAGUGGUACUUGCCUUGAAUUUGUGGCAGCGGAAGCAACAUUCUCCUGUGACGCUAGCUAGAUGCGCUGGGAGCGCUAUUAUCCUCAUUAAUAAUCAAAAUGUCAACCAAGAUCUUGUCCGUCUCUGUCAUCCAACAAGAG